CAGUUAGACAAACAAUGAAAGUGAAAUGGGAUGGGUCUGGGCUUAAGCCGUCUGACCGUGCCUUGGCCCAGGCUGCUGGCGUAGGCACUUUUCUGUGCCCUGGGUAUCUCACAUCAGUUAUCAGAGCGUACAGGCAGGGAGAGGCGUACUGUAGCAGCAGUAGUAGUAGCACCUCACUGGGGGCUGCAGAGGGUCCUGGUUCUGACCUGAUUUGUCAGUUCAAUAACUUCACUGAAGUGUCGCUCCUCCAGGAUAUCAUUGGCUUUUAAUUUUGCAAUCAUGGAUUGGGCAGGGGACUCGCUGUUUCAUGUUUUGUUGAAAGAAAAUUGAGGUGCAUAAUGGAUUAAUUAGGAAUGCAAUUUGACAUCAAAGUGCAACAUCUGAUAAGCCUGUGAUUGUCCUGGACUGUCUCGCUAUGGCUCACCCAGAGCACUUUGAUUGGUUGAAAGAAGGUUUUUUGCCAGGUUUGCCAGGGUUUUCCAGCAUGUUUGGUAAGAAGAAGAAACGGCUGGAGAUCUCAGCUCCGUCUAACUUUGAGCACCGGGUCCACACGGGCUUCGACCCGCGGGAGCAGAAGUUCACCGGGCUGCCGCAGCAAUGGCAGAGCCUCCUGGCGGACACUGCCAACCGCCCCAAGCCCAUGGUGGACCCUUCCUACAUCACCCCCAUCCAGCUGGCACCAAUGAAGAUAUCUCCCAAGAAAGUCCGGUCAUCCGAAACGCCGUUGCCCAAAACCAUUGUUCGAGGGAACCGGCCACCCAAAGAUGCUUCCAUCAACGGCCUGUUGGAGGAUUUUGACAACAUCUCAGUAACGCGCUCCAACUCCCUGCGUAAAGAGAGCCCACCAGGACCCCACCAAGCUGGAAGCAGCUCCAGACCCUCCGGGAGUGGUCAUCCCAACGCCCCGGAGGAGAAUGGAUUCAAUCAUUACUAUUCCCGCUACUCCUGUGACCUAGACGCCUCCAGCAGGGACUUUUCUCUUGAUCCCAGCAAGCCAAGCUUGUCUAUAGAUGGGGACUGGGCAGUUGGGAGGCACUAUCGAUUCACCAAGCAGAAUGGUCACUCGUACCCAAUACGCAGCCCCUUCUACCCGGACGCCAUGCCCCAAAAAUCAGACUAUGGCAAGCUUCCCCCGGACUACCACACCUACUUGGAGAGCAAAGGACGCUCAGCCGACGAGGUGGCCUCCACGGUGGGCAGUGGUGUGGGCUCCAGCGGCUACUAUCGGGCGUCUGUGGGUGGCUCGUCCAGCCAGGACUACCGGGACACUUCCGUAGGCACGCCAUCUCGUGCCUCGCUACACAGUGAGCAGAUUAACUACCCAGAUAGUGAGUGGAGCUACGGCGGCCUUCGGGACGAAUACGAAAAGCGACCCAAGAGUUCCUAUGUGACGCAGACCAGCCCCACGCCGGCUAUUAGACAGCGAUCUCGGUCAGGCUCUGGACUGCAGGAGCCAAAUGUCCCUUAUGCAGCCAGCGGGGCUUUCAAGAACCCUCCCCAGGCCCACCCAUACAGCUCCUACACUUACCCCCGCCUCUCGGAGAGUCUCACUAACUCACAGACCUUAACCAAGGGUGACUACGAGCGUCCUGCACGGGACGGCAGUCCUCAGGUUACCAGUGGUGACACCUAUCCCCGGGGGCCCCUUAAGCAGCCUCAGAGCCACAUCAAGCCACCUGGCUACCCGCCGGCCCACCUGCCCUACCCUCCUGUCUUUCACCAUUACAAACCUUCCCCCUACCACCACCCCCCCUCCCAGCCCAGCCCACCGUACACCCCUCAGGGGGCCUACUCACAGCCUUCAUCACCCUACAUCCCCCCAGGGGCCUACCCGCCUCCUUCCUGGGGCUCCAGCUCCGACACUCAACCCUCUAGAGUCUCUCAUGAGCAAUUCAGAGCUGCACUUCAACUGGUGGUCAACCCAGGCGACCCUCGGGAAUACCUGGACAGCUUUAUCAAAAUCGGCGAGGGCUCCACAGGCAUCGUGUGCAUCGCCAGCGAGAAACACAGCGGCAAGCAGGUGGCUGUGAAGAAAAUGGACCUCAGGAAACAGCAGAGGAGAGAGCUGCUCUUUAAUGAGGUGGUGAUCAUGAGGGACUACCAUCACGAGAACGUAGUGGACAUGUACAACAGCUACCUGGUGGGAGACGAGCUGUGGGUUGUCAUGGAGUUUCUUGAGGGCGGGGCACUCACUGACAUUGUGACUCACACCAGGAUGAACGAGGAGCAGAUUGCUACAGUGUGUUUGUCGGUGCUAAGGGCUCUGUCCUACCUGCACACACAGGGCGUCAUCCACCGCGACAUUAAGAGCGACUCCAUUCUCCUGACCAGUGAUGGCAGGAUCAAGCUAUCAGACUUCGGCUUUUGUGCCCAAGUUUCCAAAGAGGUGCCCAAGAGGAAGUCCCUGGUGGGCACACCCUACUGGAUGGCACCAGAGGUCAUCUCUAGACUGCCUUAUGGGACUGAGGUGGAUAUCUGGUCUUUAGGCAUCAUGGUGAUCGAGAUGGUGGAUGGAGAGCCCCCCUACUUCAACGAACCCCCUCUGCAGGCCAUGAGGAGGAUACGAGACAACCUUCCCCCCCGGCUAAAAGAGUCGCACAAGGUGUCCUCGGUGCUGCGGUCCUUCCUAGACCUGAUGCUGGUGAGGGAGCCCUCACAGAGAGCCACGGCCCAAGAACUUCUCCAGCAUCCCUUCCUUAAGAUGUCUGGACCCCCUUCCUGCAUCGUGCCCCUCAUGAGACACUAUCGCCACCGCUGACCUGUUGGCCCAAAACCUGCCCUCCUCUAGACUAAAAAACACACAUAAACACCCUUCCGCUUGGUGGCGCACCACUAACACUCACACCUGUAACCGUGAAGUAGAUUAGCUAGAGGAAUAUCUCAGAAAUUACAUCAAAAAAAAAAAAAAACACAUGACAGAGAAACAAAGAAAAAAAAAUCGUCUACCAAUUUAAAACUGGAGUAGAAGAGUGUACUGUGCCGGAGGAACUCACUAGACGUCCUGUCAAAACGUGUGGACUGGCUGCUGUCUCCUCUCUUCCUAGACUGCGUGUCCUCAGCUCCAUGUAGAGUUGUAGUAGCCAUCAGCAAGAGCUUCAGAGGGGUGUGGCGAGCUGCUGACGUGGUGGAGGGACCUCGGGGCCCAGACCAGAGCAGCGGAGGGCAGAACAAUCAGCCGGAGCACGGAGGGGUCUUUGAAUAAUGACUGAUGGACGGCUGUUGUGUCUUCUGUCCAUCUGAAGGACAGACUGCUGCUCAGCUGCUCAAACAGAGACAAGCUCUCUUGUUUUUCUCUUCUCACACUAACAGUGAAAAUGUAUUUUAGAGAAACUUGUAAGUUUUUCUGUACAGUUUUGAUAAUUUGCAGUAUUUUAUCGUGUGGUAACCAUUGUGAUAUUAGCAGUAUUAAAUAUAGAGUUUCUGCAGCGAUCUUUCCUACUGUUUAUAAUCCAGUUUUUGCUUAAAGAUAUAAGAGAUAUCCCAAAUAAACCCACCUAAACCUAACUGUUACUGAAAAUUCUAAAUAUAUUUAUUAUCUUACAUUUGUAGACAGAACUUCCAUUAAAUGUUGGGAAACAAAAGGGUAAUGUCAGAAUUUUGUAAGACGCUUUAAAGUAUUUAUUUAUUUAUUGGAAUUGAAGGUUUAUUUUUUUGGUAGUGUGGCCUUGUUUUGGUUUAUUUCAUUGUUGUUUUUGGAGGGUUUUGAUUUACAUUUUUUAAAAGCGCAUCACAGACAGUGCUAUCUGUUGUUAUAUCAUUCAAGCAAUACCCCAAACCUAUUUAUGAAACCAUGAAGCCCUGUAUUUAUGAUACUGUAAUUACCCCAUGCAAUUUAAAUGUAGCACAGAUGGAGUGGAUUUGACAAAAAAAAGAUUUACUCUAGGCAGACCUUUUCUUUUAUAUAGGAGUCUCAUCGUGUUUCUCUAAAUGCUAAGAGGCGUCCAUCCAAGACGCCUGCACAGAUUUUCGGAUGCUGAUAAAAGGUCUCGUUUUCUACUCACUUCCUCACUGUCAUCAUCUCACUCCUUAUCCCACCUCAGUUAGACACACUACUCGCUAUCACUGGAACUGUGCUGCCAUUCUCAUCUCUAGUCGGACCGGGAGAACAGUGUAAUCCUCCUCCCCGCAACGUUUUUACCCAUCAGUCACUGUGAUAUGUAAAUAUGUGGAUGUGAGCGUGUGCUUGUUUGUGAGUCUGUCUGUGUGUAUGUGUGUGUGUUAAAGAGCAAAAGAGGUAGAGCGUGUUUAUCUCUGUACAACAUCUGAAAGUGCGUGUGUGUGUGCUGCUGGCUAAUCCUUGACAAUGUGUCAAGACUUGAAUGAGUAACACUUAUCUGUGGUGUUGGCUUGUACAGUGAUAUUGCAUGUUUGUUAUCAGUGAAGCUGGUUUCAAUUAAAAAAACGCCCAUAAAAACAUU